AUGGAGGGCUCCAACGGGUUUGGAAUUGACACCAUCUUGUCCCACAGAGCUGGUAGCCCAGGGCUCGCCCAAGGGGACCCACUGAUGGGGGAGAGCAGGUCCCCCUUGGAGCUCAGUCCCAGGUCUGAGGUCAGCAGCCUGUGCUCCUCUCCACCUUCCCCGUCUAGAGAAUGCCUGGACUCGGUGAACACCAGGCAAGGGGUCGCCUUGGCCAUUGAAUCCCACCUGCAGCCAGGGGUCCAGCUCUCAGCUCCAUCCCAGUCCAGGACCGUCACCUCCUCCUUUUUAAUCCGGGACAUCCUAGCGGACUGCAAGCCACUGGCCACCUGCGCCCCUUACUCCAGCAAUGGGCAACCAGCCCAGGACUUGAGUCACUGCUUGUCCAGCAAAGCUGCAGAGGACUUUAGGGACAAACUGGAGAAAAGCAGCAGCUCCACAUCCUCAGAAUCAGAAUACAAAGGUAAAGUGAAAGAAGAAGGAGAUCGGGAGAUUUCCAGCUCCAGGGACAGUCCGCCAGUGAGGCUGAAGAAGCCCCGGAAAGCUCGCACCGCCUUCACCGACCAUCAACUGGCGCAGCUGGAGAGAAGUUUUGAGAGACAGAAGUACCUGAGUGUCCAGGACAGGAUGGAGCUGGCAGCUUCCCUAACCUCACAGACACCCAGGUCAAGACUUGGUACCAGAACAGGAGGACAAAGUGGAAGAGGCAGACUGCUGUUGGACUGGAGCUGUUGGCAGAGGCGGGUAAUUACUCUGCCCUUCAGAGGAUGUUUCCUUCCCCAUACUUUUACCCACAAAGCCUUGUUUCCAACCUGGAUCCCAGUGCAGCCCUCUAUUUGUACAGGGGACCUACAGCACCUCCGCCAGCUUUGCAGAGACCUCUGGUGCCCAGGAUCCUCAUUCACGGACUUCAGGGUGGCGCUGAGCCACCACCUGCCCUGCCCCCUUUGACAGGAGUCAUUCCAAGGGCGGCACAGCCCCGAUGA